UUCAUUGAAAGAGAAAGACUGUGUGAAUGAGGUGCUAACUGUAUUCUGUAUCCUGUAGAAAAGUCAGCCGUUAGUAAAUGUGAAGUUAAUGCAGAAAAUACCCCUAAAUUCAGUCUAAGUUAUCAAUAUAUAGAUAUAUAAGAGUACAAGUAGCAGAUAUUGCUUAUUUGCUACCUUCCUCUACUGUUAGCCUUAUAAAUAGAGCUGGUCACAUGACUGUUGCGUCAUUUUGCCGAGUGUGGUUUCAGCGUUAUCUACAUCUCCGUCGCUGCUGACCACUCGUCCGAAUCAUGAGGAUAUGGACAUCUGAACACACUUUCCAACACCCAUGGGAAACUGUAGUGAAUGCUGCAUGGCAAAAAUACCCUAACCCUAUAACACAAAGUGUUGUAGGUGUUGAUAUUGUUGAUCGGUAUGUUGAUAGAAAUGGUGUCUUGAAAACUCAUCGACUUCUUAGUACUUCCUGGGGAUUACAGCCUUGGGUAACUAGAAUUGUUGGCAUUGACCGAACAUGUUUUGCUAGUGAAAUCUCAGAAGUUGACCCACGCUCUAAACGAAUGACCUUACAAACACGAAACUUAACAUUCUAUAAUAUUGUAUCUAUUGAUGAAAACUUAACAUAUUGUCCUGAUCCCAAAGAUAAAUCUAGUACACUCCUUAAACAAGAAGCCAUUGUUAAUGUGAAAGGCAUCCCAUUAUCAAGUUAUUUAGAAGGAAUUUUAACUGAUACAAUAUCAAACAAUGCUGGCAAGGGCCGACAAGCAAUGGAAUGGGUGAUUGGUAAACUGAAAGGAGAAGCUAAGGAUUUAACCGAAGAAGCUAAAAAAUGUAUGGAUUCUGUAUUACCAACGAACCAUUCUACAGCAACAUCAUUAUGACGAAGACUAAACUUAGGUUAUUAUAUCAAUGCCUGCCUGCCUACCUCCUUUUAGAAGAUACUGUACCCUGUUUGUUUACACUGUGUAGAUGGACAGCCAGUUUCAAACUGUAGCACUCUUCUUGUGAGAAGUUGGUAGCUAGCAAAACAAACAAUUACAACCAUAGUAAGAAGCCCCAUGAACAACAUAACUUUUUUCUUACUAUAUAAAAGCAAAAAAAAAACAAAAUUAAAAAAUGAGAAAAAAAUAGUAAACUCAGAAA